AUGGAGUAUAUAUCACCAGAAAGUGACCUAAAUCCAAGUGAUGCUCGAAUAUUAUGUUGUCAAUGUGCAGUGCCUAUAGAACCAAAUCCUUCUAAUAUGUGUAUUGCUUGUUUGAGAACUCAUGUGGAUAUCACUGAUGGUAUCCCAAAACAAGUAACUUUAUUCUUUUGUCGGGGUUGUGAAAGAUACUUACAACCUCCAAAUGAAUGGUUGGUGUGUGCACUAGAAUCACGUGAAUUACUUGCUUUAUGUCUAAAACGGCUCAAAGCUCUUAAUAGAGUGAAGCUGGUUAAUGCUGUAUUUGAUUGGACUGAGCCACAUUCUAAAAGAAUUAAAGUUUCUCUGACAGUACAAGGGGAAGUUAUGGGAGGAGCGGUACUUCAGCAAUCAUUCUUGGUUGAAUAUGUUAUUCAGCAUCAAAUGUGUGAUGCGUGCCAUCGCUCGGAAGCGCAGGACUAUUGGCGUGCACUAGUGCAAGUUAGGCAAAGAGCAAAUAACAGAAAGACCUUUUACUAUUUGGAACAGUUGAUAUUGAAACAUAAAGCACAUGCUAACACACUUGGGAUCAAGCCUAAGCAUGAUGGUUUGGACUUCUUCUAUGCCACUGAAAGUCAUGCAAGAAAGAUGGUUGAUUUUAUCCAAUCAGUUUUACCAAUUAAGUGCCAGCAUUCCAAAAAACUUAUAUCGCACGACAUUCACAGCAAUAUUUACAAUUACAAAUUUACCUUUAGUGUGGAAAUAGUGCCAUUGUCAAAAGACAGUAUUGUUUGCUUGCCAAAGAAAUUGACUCAAAAUCUUGGUUCGAUAUCUCCUAUUUGCUUAGUGCAGAGAGUAACAAGUGCAAUACAUUUGAUUGAUGCAUACACAGGACAAGUUUGUGACCUAUCUUCAACUCAGUAUUGGCGUUAUCCAUUCAACGCCAUAUGCAAUCCAAAGCAGCUUGUUGAAUACAUUGUUAUGGACAUUGAUAUAUUGAAAGAACAUGAAAAGAAAACAUUCCCUGGUCAAGGUAUGGUCUCGAACAAGCACGUUCUAGCUGACGUGUGGGUUGUGAAAGCGAGCGAGCUAGGCUUGGACAGCAAUCCUGUUCACACUAAAACUCAUUUAGGCCACAUAUUGAAACCCGGGGACAGUGUUUUAGGAUACAAUUUGGCGGAAUCCAACGUGAAUGACGUGAAUUUGGACAAAUUAGACCGCAGUGUUGUACCUGAUGUGUAUUUGGUGAAGAAGUUCUAUGGAGAGAAGGCGGCUAGAAGGCGCGCUAGAGGAUGGAAACUACGACACAUGAAUGAAGACGUCGUACAGUUUAGUUCUACUACUGAUGACGAUUACAACGACUUCUUGGACGAUUUAGAAGAGGACCCAGCUCUAAGGCAGAACAUCAAUAUUUUCAAGGACGAAAACAAAAUACCCAUAGACACUGAUGAAAUAGACCCGUCUCUGCCAAGAAUUACUUUGGCCGAAAUGUUAGACGAUUUGGUCAUUGAAGAUGUUGAUAUGACAGAAGUU